AUGUCAGCCUCCGAAUCUGUUAUCGAUCGCCUCAAGCAGUGGUCCAGCUGCGACGUGUCUGAUGGACUGUCGAAGCUCGGCCACGCCCAUGGGGGCUUCCUCGAGGGAAUCAAUCUUUACUCUCCUGAAUUCGUGACCGGUGAUACCAAAAUUGUAGGUCCUGCUUUCACUGUCAAGUUUGAGCCGAAGUCAAACACAUCUGCGCCCAAGGUGAAGGGAAAUUAUAUUGACCAAAUUCCCCGCGAUGCUGUCGUGUUCAUCUCUCAGCCAGCUCCUCAUAUCAAUGCCUGCUACGGCGGUCUGAUGUCUCUCCGAGCCAAGGCUCUGGGCGCCGCUGGUGUGGUCAUCGACGGCUCCGUGCGUGAUCUUCAGGAGCACCGCGAUCUUGGGUUCCCUCUCUUUGCCCGAACCCACGGCACUACGGCGGGAGGUGCUGUCUGCUUUCCCUCUCAGAUCGGCGUUCCGAUCCAACUGCAAUCCUCCAUCCAAGAGGCUACCAUUAACCCCAACGACUAUAUCAUCGCUGACAAGGAUGGCGUGGUGGUGCUGCCGGCAGACCUGGCUGAGCAGGUCUUGGACAUCAUCCCCAAGGUCGUGUCGGCCGAUGAGAAGUGCGCCGAGGCUAUCAAGGGCGGCAUGUCGGUAGAAGAGGCCUUUGCUACAUUCCGCGGAAAGAAAUAA